GCGUCUCCCUCCUCGGCUCCCUCCCAUCCAGCCUCCUUCUCACCGCCCACCAGUUGGUUCCUGCUCACUGUUAUGUGGAGAUAAGAGCCUAGACGAACCCGGGAACCGAGGCCCAAACUCUCCCUUUUUUCCUCUCUUUCAAGACUUUUGCUUCCUCCGAUCUUAUGAUGCUGCGUUUGAUGUCCGGUCGGGUUGGAAGCCUUCUGACCCGACAGGCAGCUUUAACCAGCAGCAGCAGCGUCAGGAUGGCGAGUCACGAGGUGUCUGAGACGGAGGACAUGUCCCAGCCCAUGUACUGGGACCGGGUGGACGUCCCGCUGCCUGACAGAGCCUACAAAGACGUCCUGACCGACGCUGACAAGAAGCUGAAGCAGAAGGAGACAGGACCGUGGAGUCAGCUGAGCAAAGAGGAGAAGAUCGCAUUGUACCGGAUGUCGUUCCGUCAUACCUACCCGGAGAUGAAGCGGAAGUCUGACGAGUGGAAGACGGUGAUGGGAGGAAUCUUCCUGUUCCUCGGCUUCACUGGCCUGGUGGUCUGGUGGCAGAGAAUCUACGUCUACCCUCAGGCUCCCAGGACCUUCGAAGACGACUGGCAGGCCAAGCAGCUCCAGAGGAUCCUGGACAUGAGGAUCAACCCCAUCCAGGGAAUCUCCUCCAAGUGGGACUACGAGAAGGGCCAGUGGAAGUAGAGCCGUUUGUCCUGAGGUAACACAGAAUGUGGACCGCCCACCUCAGUGCGCUGCUGCACUUUAUGAAGCUGAAGUCAGAGUGAAUGUUCUUCUAACUGUAAACCACUAGAACCAGGAACUGAUCUGUCAGCAGCUGAGGAACCUCACUGUGUUGCUAAAGUCAGCCUGUCACAGGGAAACUGUCCGUCCUGGUGACCAUAAAUAAUAAAGCUUUGCUGAUGUCUC